UUCUGACACCAAAAUAAAAUCAAGCACAGAGGAAGUCAACGCAUACAUUUUCAAAGCAAUGAACGAAUCAGUAAAAUCCAGAAAUGAGUUUGUUCUGGCACCUAUUUUUGAAAACGACCAUUGGAUGCUCCUUGCAAUAUCUGUAAAAAAUUGCACCAUAUAUCACUUCGAUUCCAUUUGCUUGAGUUUAGGUCGAAAGAUAAAGAUGAAGACAAUAGUGAGACAUUUUUUUACAAGGUACAAGAUGUGUGGCAACCGUGUCAACAGGAAAGAGCCUUUAUGGAAAUAUGUGGAGUGCGCUCAACAAAAGGGAGGCCUUGAGUGUGGAUUUUACGUAAUGCGGUACAUGUUUGAUUUAGUCUCUUGCUGCAAUGAUGUUUCAGACUUAGAGAAGGUUUGCACAUCAAUGAGUGGAGAUCCUUUCACCGAUGAGCAAAUUGAUGAAAUACGAGACAAAUGGGCAUCAUACUUCACCGAACAUUGUGUGUAAUUAACGCUUCAUCGAUCUCUUUUUGUGGAUGUUUCAUGCUAUUAAAAUCAUAUAUGAUUGCCUUAUUAUAUUUUUGGUGCAAUUUUGUAACGUGUGAAGUGUAAAAGAUAUAUUUAUUAUAGACUUGAAACUAUUUAGUUGGUUUAUUUUGUA